AUUUUGCAAAAAGUGCUGACUCACGUUCGAUAUGGGGCAAGAGUGUUCAUUGUUUAAGUUAUUUCUUCAUUACAUAGGCUUGGCAACUCUACUUUCUUUUACCAGUUUUGUCCUAGUUUUUUAUUUGAAGGCACACAGCUGCUGUAGUAUUUAUUAAGAACUUGGAAAGUAAAGUGGAGAGGAAAGUAGUUAGGAAAUUAAUAGCUAAAAUUGUAUUAAAAUAGUUGCAUAUAAAAUCGUCUACAAAUGACAACAUUAUUAUCGAUUUAUAAGUGGAUUUAAAAUAUUUCGAAAUCACAUUUGGGUUGAUGACAUUGCUUGAAUUCGACUUUUAUACAUUUUAUAGGUUAUGAUAAUAUUUUUCAUUAAUUAUGUUGAAGAUAAAUUUAUUGGGAACCUUGGUUUUGAUCUCAAUUCUCUGUAAUAUAACUGGCGGUCACGUGGUUAGCGCGUCAUCUUUUGAUGAAAAUGAGUUUGCUGACUUUGAAGAUUUUGAUGCUGAUGAUGAUUUCAUUGAACUACCGGUCGCUACUCCUGCGACAACAGCUAAAAUGGAAGAUAACGUAGUUCAAAUUAAUAACAACAAAGUUGACAAUGAUGCACCAGCAAUAGAAGCAGACGAAGAGAAGAAAUAUUUUGAUACGGAAGAUGGUACUGUGGAGGAUGACGAUAGUGAAUUUGAACAUUUUCAAGAUGAGGAAGAAUUUGAGGGUUUCGAUGGAAAUGACAGGCGGGAACCGCCUUCGGAUCAUAAGACUGAACCUAAACUAACUGUUGCUAAAAUACCAAUGCAUUUUCGUAGUCAUUGGGAUUCUUAUUGGAUGGAAAUGCUAAUGUUGGCGGGACUUCUGGCUUAUUUCGCUAACUUCUUUGCGGGUAAAUCAAAAAAUGCUAGACUUGCUCAACAAUGGUUUUCUACUCAUAAAAGUUUACUUGAGGACAACUUUGUACUCGUCGGUGACGAUGGUAAAAUUGAGAAUGAAAAUCCUGGUCUUAUAAAAGAGAGCGAAAGCUUGUACACGUUAUGGUGUUCUGGACGUACCUGCUGUGAAGGUAUGUUAGUUGAACUGAAGAUGAUCAAAAGACAGGAUUUAGUUGCACUAGUUGCGGGUCUUAUGCGUCCACAACAAGAUCAAGUGCAUAUAAAAGUGCAACUUUCUCGGAGUAUAGUUGAUGGUUUUGUCUUCUGUGUAGGAUCGAAAAAAACUGUUACCAAGUUUUUUAAGGAAUAUGCAGACUUGAACAAGUACUGCACCCUAGUCAGUAAGCCAGAAGAUCGGUACAAUAUGCCGAGUGGAUUUAGCGUACUUUCUGAAAUACCAGAAGCAACUUCAGCCGUGCUGGAGUCGCGUGUAGUUUCUGCUUUAAAUAAAUAUCAAUCAUAUAUUGAUUAUAUACAUAUAUCGGAUCAAUUUAGCGGUCCGAUUCAACAGGAAGAUGCAAACAAUUUGAAGCAGCCUGAGACGAAAAGCAUGUUAAUGGCUGGAUUCAAUUUACCAACAAACGUUGAAAUGGAGACUGUUAAACCUUUACUUAUACUUAUAUUUUAUUUAAUGGAACGUUUAAAAGUUUAUCGCAUGUCAAAGGAGGGUAAAGGUAAGGCCGACAAAAACCGUUUACGCGUGGAAGAGGAGUUUCUUAAAAGCACUCACGCUGCUCGUGCUGAAGCUGCUGCCCAACGUCGUGAAGACAAACGCAAACUAGAGAAGGAGCGCGUAUUAGCGGAGGACGAUCCUGAAAAGCAGCGUCGGUGGGAACUAAAAGAACAAAAGCGCCAAGCGAAAAAAAAUGGUCCAAAAAUGAAACGUUUAGCAGUUAAGACCGUUUAAGCUUUUAGCUCAAAAGUUAUUGUUCAAAUGGGUAUUUUUUUAUCAUUUUGUCUUUAAAAUGUAAAUAUGUACCUUGGAGAUAUUCAAGUUAAAAAGUUAAAAUAAACUAGUGCCAGCUAAUAAG